AUGGUCCCGGUCCCGCAGGACUUUCAAUGCGACCAGUCUAAAAAGAAAUCCAAACAUAAUUCGAAUGCAAUACCAGAUGAUAUGGAUGAUACGCUUGAUUCAAUGUUGGAUAGUGCUUCCAAAUUAACCAUGUCAUUAAAAUCAGAUAGAGCCGGACGACGUCCGACGAUUGAAGCACAAAGUGGAUGGAUGGAACUGAGCGGAGAUCCAGGAGAUAAUGAACCAAUUCGACCACCACUUUUCGUACCAAGAACGUCUCGACAGCGAGCAGAAGAAAUUGUUAUUAAUGAUAUUCCAACUAUUCCAACGGACGACGCUGAUGGUGAUGAAUCACUCGAUAUGGCUCCGCAAAUGGCUGAUGCACCUGAAUUUACUGCUCAUCAAAUAGCGUCUUAUAAAGAAAUUGAAACAGAAUUCCUCCGAGAAAGAGCUAGUCAGUAUAUUGACAGUAAAACUGACAUUGGUAUUUUAUAUCAAAAUUUACAUUUACAAGAAGAUUUUGAUGUAGAGGAACAAAAAGUAUGGGAAUGGGACAAAUUGUUUACAGAAGUUGUGAAUACAUUAAGCAAUUUAUCAACAACUACUGCAGAACAAUGA